UUGAAAGGUCCUGCACGUCGGGGGGCGGCUGGGACAGAGCCCAGGGCGCGCGCCGAGUCAACCCCGGGUUCUCUCCUGCAGCCGCUGCCAUGACCGAGGGCUCCGACAAAGUUCCCAUCGCUCUGGUGGGGCCUGAAGACGUCGAGUUUUGCAGUCCCCCGGCGUACGCCACGGUGACGGUGAAGCCCUCCAGCCCCGCGCGGCUGCUCAAGGUUGGAGCGGUGGUGCUGAUUUCUGGGGCGGUGCUGCUGCUUUUUGGGGCCAUCGGGGCCUUCUACUUCUGGAAGGGGAGCGACAAUCACAUUUACAAUGUCCAUUAUACCAUGAGUAUCAAUGGGAAAUUACAAGAUGGGUCAAUGGAAAUAGAUGCCGGCAACAACGUGGAGACCUUUAAAAUGGGAAGUGGAGCUGAAGAAGCAAUUGAAGUUAAUGACUUCCAGAAUGGCAUCACAGGAAUCCGUUUUGCUGGAGGAGAGAAGUGCUACAUCAAAGCGCAGGUGAAGGCUCGAGUUCCUGAAGUGGGCACCGUGGUCAAACAGAGCAUCUCCUCUGAGCUGGAAGGGAAGAUCAUGCCGGUUAAAUAUGAAGAGAAUGCUCUGAUCUGGGUGGCCGUAGACCAGCCUGUGAAGGAUAGCAGCUUCCUGAGCGCCAAGGUCUUGGAGCUCUGUGGCGACCUGCCUAUUUUCUGGCUUAGACCCACAUAUCCGAAAGGAAUCCGGAGAGAAAGAAGAGAAUUGGUAAGAAAAAUUGUUACAACUGCCACAAGAAGACCCGCCGGUGGACCAAGGGGCAACCCAGGCUCUGGAGGAGCAAAUAAUGAGACCAGACCCAACGUUCAAGAGGACUCGGAGCCCUUCAACCCAGACAACCCUUACCACCAGCAGGAAGGGGAAGGAAUGACGUUCGACCCGAGACUGGAUCAUGAAGGAAUCUGCUGUAUAGAAUGUAGGCGGAGCUACACCCACUGUCAGAAGAUCUGUGAACCCCUGGGGGGUUACUACCCGUGGCCCUAUAAUUACCAAGGCUGCAGGUCCGCCUGCAGAAUUGUCAUGCCGUGCAGCUGGUGGGUGGCCCGCAUCCUGGGCAUGGUAUGAAAUCACUUCAUCUGCCAGGUGCUACAAAGUAAGAAUUAACUGAAAGACAAAGUAGCAGGAGGCAUCUUGAUACCAAAGUAUUUUAUACUCAAUCUGUUCGAUGCUAUUUGAGAAACUGUUAAAAGAAUUUCUCAAUUGCUUCACAGAAUUUUAUCCAGGCUGUGCAAACAUCCUGGAAGAGUGGUUUUAAACACAAAAAUGUCAUAAUAAUCCUAUUAUUGCUAUUAGUAUUUGCUUUGCUUUGCCAGUAAGGCCUACCUAGAAGACUACUAAGGUAUUCUGAAAUAAACGUGAAAAAAAUUACCUAAGAAUAUUUCUUUUUAGGGAUUGGAGCAAUAGCACAGCGGGUAGGGCAUUUGCCUUGCACAUGGCCGACCUGGGUUCGAUUCCCAGCAUCCCAUAUGGUUACCCGAGCACCGCCAGGGGUAGUUCCUGAGUGCAAAACCAGGAGCAACUCCUGAGCAUCGCUGGGUGUGACCCAAAAAGAAAAAAAAAGAAAAAGAAUAUUUCUUUUUAAAGAGCUCAAAUGUUUCCUUUUAACUCAGUCACUGACUGAAACAAUCACUUGUACAGAAUUCCUCAAUAAUUCUUGACCUUUACUGUUCCUCAGUCUUGCAAGUAACUGUAUCAUCCCCACCACUCCACUUCCAGAUACAAAAGACAAGCAGACAUACUCUGAGGAAACACUGAAUCGAGGUCCCAGAAUCGUGGCCCCUUGGAAAUUCCCCUGGGAUGCGCCUGCAUGUGACUGGCAGUCACUGCACUGAGCUAAGAGACACUUCCAGAAGAGCAUUAGAAUAAAGAGGGGAAUUGUACUGAAGAUAAAUUAGGCAGGUGAGAGGGGCUUUCAUUGACAUUCUCAAAGGCAGGCCUUCACAGCCUUUUCAAUCUCCUGGGCCAGCCACGCAGAAGGGAGAGCAACUCUAUCUUCCUAGUAGUGAUCAGGCUGCCACUG